UUCUCUUCCUCUCCAUUUCUGUGCACCUAUAUAUAUGGAGUAUUAAAUUAUUAAUUCAACUUGUUCUCAUUUCAAUGCACCAAGUGAAGCCCACACUUUCACACACCUACAAAGGAAGAAGAUAAUUUCAAAUCUCCAUGGCUAACUCAGAUUCCAAAGAGGUCAUGGUCGAUCUUUCUCCGGCCAUCAAAGUCUACAAAGAUGGGACGGUGGAGAGACUCUCUGGCUCGCCAUUUGUACCACCGUCGCUAGAUGAUCCAACCACCGGUGUUUCUUCCAAAGACAUCACUAUUUCACCAAGCAUUUCAGCUAGAAUGUACCUUCCUAAGAUCUCUGACCCCAACCACAAGCUCCCCAUCUUAGUCUUCUUCCAUGGUGGACGCUUCGUUGUCGAAUCAGCCUUCUCUUCUCUCCACCAUCGUUUUGUCAACGUAUUAGUAUCUGAAGCCAGAGCUGUUGCUGUUUCUGUGGAGUAUAGGCUGGCCCCUGAGCACCCUUUACCAGCAGCGUUAGAAGAUGGCUGGGCUGCCCUUCAAUGGGUGGCCUCACAUGUUGUUGAGGGCUCCUGCAUUGAGAAAGAGCCUUGGUUGGUCAAACAUGGCGAUUUUAACAAGAUUUAUGUGGGGGGUAACAGUGCUGGUGGAAAUAUAGCGCAUAACAUGGCUAUUCGAGCUGGAGUUGAGAGCUUGGUUGGUGAUGUGAAAAUCUUGGGUGGAUUUUUGUCUCAUCCUUACUUUUGGGAUUCAACAACCAAGAAAGAAAAUAAUGAAGAAAGCAUGCCUUACAAGGUCUUUAUGUUUGCUUAUCCCUUGGCGCCAGGUGGGAUUGAUAAUCCAAUGAUCAAUCCAUUAGCUGAUGGUGCACCCAAAUUAUCCGGGCUCGCUUGUUCCAGGUUGUUUGUUUGUACUUCUCAGAAGGAUCAGUUCAGAGAAAUCAAUCUUCUUUACGUCGAGGCAUUGAAGAAAAAUGGUUGGAAAGGAGAACUGGAGCUUGUCGAUGUUGAUGGAGAAGAUCAUUGUUUUGAGGUCUUCAACCCUGAGACUGAGAAAUCAAAGAGUCUGAUUACCCGUUUGGCUUCCUUCAUCAGGGAUUAAGUUUGGUUUAUGCUUUACAUUACAUAUCUGUGUCUGUUUUUCCUGAUUUGCGUACCUCUUUUUCUUUUGACUUGUUCUCCUAGUUUUGGCUUCUGCUAAAUUAUUGUUGACAAUCAUGCACAAGUCAAAGAAGGGCAUGGAUCGUGUAUCCACCAAUUAUCCGUGCCUAAACAUUGGUCAACCAGAAGUGGAAAAUCACAUCAGAAAAGAAUUUCUUA